AUGGAGGUCAAGUCAAUCCUGAAGAAAAUGGUGCGGCCUGAUAGAAAGGAUUGGAGUUUGAAGUUGGAAGAUGCUCUGUGGGCUUACCGCACCGCGUAUAAAACCCCGAUUGAAAUGUUCCCAUAUAGAUUGGUUUUUGGGAAGCCAUGCCACCUCCCAGUGAAAUUUGAACAUAAGGCAUUUUGGGUAGUUAAGCGGUGUAAUAUGGACCUUGUGGAUGCCGGAGGGUAUAGAAAACUCCAGUUACAAGAGCUAGAAGAACUACGGAAUGAAGCCUAUGAGAACGCAGCAAUUUAUAAAGAGAAGAGCAAAGUCUUUCACGACCAACAAGUCUCAAGGAGGUCAUUUGUAGUAGGUUUCAAGACAGGGAAAAAGUUCGUUGUAAACGGUCACCGUCUAAAACCUUACUAUGAAGGGUUUAAUAGUGAGCAUGUGGAGAACAUAUCUCUUGAUGAUCCGAGUUGUGAAUUCUAUUCUUCUAUUAUAAGUGUUUUUGUGGUGCUUAACAGAAGACUGGGGUUUCCAAGUCGUGCCCACGCCAUACAAGGGUACGCUUGGAGCACUGUGCAAAGUGGGGACUAUCGGUUCCAAGGCAUGCCCACGCCUUGA